GGUGCAUCCCAGACCUAGAUAUCUGGUGACGAGGCGAGAGUGAGGCGAGAGUCGUCACUGAGGCAAGAGCGAACGACACGUCCAGAGUGCUGCAGGAAGCGUUAAUCAUCGUGGCUGUCGUUCAAAAAGUCUUCUAGGGACUCAUUGCUCAUAUUUACUGUUUUAACCCUGGAAACAAGACAAAAUGAAACACGUAAGGUGAAAGAAGAAUGAAACAAGAAUGAAGAAAUGAAGAAGGAAAUAAAAAGUAGAAAGAAUAAAUGAGGGAAGAAGAUGAUAAACACGACAACAGGUAGCAAGAAGAGACGAGACGUGGCCACCGAGGAGAACAACAAAAUGCGGAGCAAGGAGACGGAGUGUGACGCGCGUUGUGGCACCAACACAGAGGCAGGCAGCCUGAAGGAAGGCCAGCAACACAGAGGCAGGCAGCCUGAAGGAAGGCCAGCAACACAGAGGCAGGCAGCCUGAAGCAAGGCCAGCAACACAGAGGCAGGCAGCCUGAAGCAAGGCCAGCAACAUAGAGGCAGGCAGCCUGAAGGAAGGCCAGCAACACAGAGGCAGGCAGCCUGAAGGAAGGCCAGCAACACAGAGGCAGGCAGCCUGAAGCAAGGCCAGCAACACAGAGGCAGGCAGCCUGAAGGAAGGCCAGCAACACAGAGGCAGGCAGCCUGAAGGAAGGCCAGCAACACAGAGGCAAGCAGCCUGAAGCAAGGCCAGCAACACAGAGGCAGGCAGCUUGAACCAUGGACGACAACGUGGAGGACUGUCCAGUGUGCUUCACCACCUUUGACGACACCCUCAGGCGGCCACACAACCUGCCCUGUGGCCAUACAGUGUGCUCGCCGUGCAUUGACGUACUGAAGCAGCAGGGUGCCGUCACGUGCCCCACCUGCCGGGCGAGUCAUGCCGUGCCCGAGGCGGGCCAGUUCCCCAUCUCCUAUGCUGUUGAGGGACUGGUGAGGAGGCUGAGGGGUGCAGGACUGGCCUCUCUGCCAGCCGAGCCAGGGAAGCAGGCAGCCCCACCAGUGACACGGCCUGCACCAAAGGCGACAACGGGACUCAGCAAGAGUGCACAGUCCCUGCUGCAGGAGCAAGAGGCGAAGGUCCUGGCUGCCAUCCGCUCCUGCCAGGAGGAGCAGAGCCAGCUGGCCGAGUAUCUGACAACCCUCGGUGGCUGGAGCAGUCGCCAGCAGCGGCUGCAAGACGAGCUGCAGACGCUGGUGGACCAGAGCAAGAGUGCCCAGGAGGCGGUGCACCGCGUGGAGUCCCGGGUAGAGGGCAGGCAGGAGGAGGUGCGGCAGAAGGAGCAGCAGCUGCACGCCGCGCUACAGUCGCUGCGCAAGGCCGCAACACGGCAGGAAGCUUAUGAGGUCAUUGAGGACACAUACCAUCUGAUGGAGAAGGACAGUCAGAGAACAGGGGAGUGCCUGGGAGUGUUUCCCGACGUCCACGCCGUCACCAUCGUCACCAGGGUGGCAGAGGCAUCGCGCGCAGCCCUGCAGGCCGCCACCGCUGCCGCCGCUGCCACACAGGCAGCCCUGGAGGCACCGGGCACUGCUGCUGCAGCCUCGGGGGACUCCAGCCUCCCAGCAGCCUGGCCCGAGGCCUCCUGCAUCGCGGAUAGGCUGCAGGCACUGCUGGCGCCGCUCCUGACGGCCGAGGACCUGCACAGCCUAACACAGCGUGCCAGGGGCCUGGUGGAGGCUGGCCUUGCUUUUGCCGUCCAAGACGUGGAGGGACAGACUCGGCACGCAAGGAUCAGCCUUGAAGACGGCAGCCUUUACCUCCACUCCCUGCAGGCCCAGGCCCUGCCGAACUUCACCGCCACCCUGCAGAUGGGGAAGGUGGUGCCGGCCGCCCCCCCCUGCGAGGUGUUCCUGGACCUGGCGUGGCCCGGCAGCGCAGCGCGGCGGGUGGUGGUGAGUCUACCCAAGGACACCCCCAUGGGCCGGCAGUUCAUGCUGCUGUGCUCGGGCCAGCGGGGCGCCUGCUACGCCAACACCAGGCUGUUUAAGGUGAUGAGUGAGGGACAGCCGGAGGAGUGUGUGGUGGGAGGAGACUACCAGACAGGUGAUGGGAGGGGAGGAGCCGCCCUGCUGCCUCACCUUGACCAGGGUGAGUACUGGGAGUCAGGCAAGGCGGGUGCUGUGUGUUGCUGGCGGCGUAUUAACUUUGCCUGUGGUGCUCAGUUCAGCAUCACCACCCGGGACAUGCAGCGUGGUGGUUUUUGGGCUGGUGUCUUUGGCCAGGUGGUGCGGGGCCUGGAGGUGGUGCAGGAGGCAGCCCAACACCGCCCCAUUACUGAGGUGACUGUGGUGCAGUAUGGCGUGGUGCUGUCACAGUAGUGCUGCACCACACCACUACCAAUAUUAUUAUUUUUUUUUGUUAUUUUUUUAAGAGGAAAGAAGCAAACACACACACACACACACACACACACAAGCCUGGAAUAUACGCAGCGCGAAGUUGAUGAGCUGAAAUCUUCUGCCAAUCAACAUAAGACAGAGAGGAAGGAAGAUAAACUACAAAUUGGUAAACUAAUUCAACAACUGGACUCAUCUACUCUUAUGAUUAAAAACCUAGAAGAUAAAGUAGUUUAUCAAGAAGACUACAGCAGGCGGAAGAACCUACGAAUCAGCGGACUAGAAGAGCAACAAAAUGAAACCUGGGAGCAGACCGCAACUGCUGUAACAUCUCUCCUAGAGUCAAAGCUUACAAGAGAAGUGGAAUUUGACAUAAAACAGUAUGUGUGUGUGUGUGUGUGUGUGUGUGUGUGUGUGUGUGUGUGUGUGUGUGUGUGUCAGGCCCAAAGAAAAAAAUCUUUAAACCCGCGUACAGGAUGAAAACACUACUUUAGAGAGGUGGGAAAGACUGGUUGAGAACAAAGAUGAUCUGCAACUCUGGAGGGCUAUAAAUUGGAAGGGAGAAGUUGGUGGUGAAAAUAAUUCAAAUGUGUGCCCUCUGAUGAUGAUUUUAAAGAUUAUUUUGAAACUAACUUUAACCCUCCCGACAAUGUGAAACUUACUGAAUGUGACUUUUUCCACCGAUGUGUCUAUACCCCUGUUAGAUGACCCUAUUGACCCAUUACAAAUACAACAACAAGUGAAGCAAUUGAAACCAGACAAAGCUUCAGGUCCUGAUGGUGUAUCACCCGGUAUUGUUAAAUUAUUGCCAGUACAAUGAU